AUGUCUGAAACCUCAAUAGACAUCAUUAUCAAUGGUCUUCAAGCACAAAUCUCCGAAUUAAAAGAAGUUAUUUCUGCACAAACAACAAAUUUGAAACCUUUAGAGGACGAACUCUACGCCUUAAAGAUUACAAAUAACAAAUUAAAUUAUCGUAUUACUCAAUUGUUACGCACUUUAGAAGAAAAAGAUUCAGAAAUCUCGUCAUUAAAGGAAUCUAUUAAUAAAAAAAAGCAAUCGAAUUCAAAGUAA